AUGAAAAGCUUUGCUUUUGAGUGCCGAGGAAAGCCUUUCCGCUGGCGACAGCUCGCCGUGGAGAGCCGGCAUUGCGAGCACCGGGCCGAGGAGACGGCACGAGCCGCCGAGGGCCCGCACCCGCGUGGGCUGCUGACGGCGGCGUAUCCAAAAACCAGGCCUCCCUCUCCCCCUCGCUGCUGCUCCUUGUGCUUAAAAACAAGCUCUUGGCUGCUUGUAGAAAGGGCUGGUCGAGACUUGCCACGUAAAAGGCCUCGGGUCCGGAUAAUGUGGGUUGACAUUGUGGACAUCUAUGAGUCUAUCCGGGAAAGACAGCGUCAUGACAGCGAAAGGUCUACCUGCAGUACCUUAGAGAAGAAUGACAUUGAAGCUGUUGAAGCACUUGUUUGCAUGAGCUCCUGGGGUCAAAGAGCACAGAAAGGUGACAUAUUAAAGAUAAGACCACUUACACCCUUCUCAGAUUCGGGUGAUUUCACAAUGCACACUGAAGCUACAUCUGAAUUACCAAAGGAUUAUUUAUCUACGCUGUGUAUGACCCCUCCACACAGCCCUGACUUUGUUGAGAUAUCAGCUGCUAUGCUCCUCUCCUCACAAGUCACUUAUUCCAAACCAAGGACUGUCAUGGCAAACACAGCUGCCUGUUCAGUCACAUCUGCGACCUGUGCCUCUCCCAUAACCAAGCCAUCCGUUAUAAACAUGGAGAGGCAGUGCAGUCAGAAGCCAGUGAUAUCUGAAUCCUUUACCCCUCAGCCUUGCAGGGCAAUGGUGACAAGUGUGAUACGUCACACAGGUGACAGUUCUGCUUACCACCGNNNUCCUGCUGUGCAAGAGAAGACAAAGGUAACUUCAAGCUACAGCAGUUCCGAAGACUGGCGUGGAGCAGAUGAUCGAAGACAUUCCAGACUGCCACAGGACGCAUGUGCUGCUGAUGGUGUAAUUAACAAAACCUCUCCAGUACCUCAACCUUAUGCGCAUGACUCCAGUGAUAUUGUGACCAAUAAAGGACAACUACCAGUUCGGCCUGUUUCACCACAGACCCACUUACCAAAGAAUCCUGAGAGCGACUUGCAGAAAAGAGCUACCCUGGGGACACCUGUUCCUGUUUCAAGCCCUCAAGUUCUCUGUCAAAUGAUCCCUUUAAAUGGACAAAGCAGUAUGAUUAAUGCCUAUGUCAAGCCUUCAGCUCCAACAGUCUCGACUCCAGUCAAGCCUAUUUUACCACAGACAACUCCCCUUUCUCAGCCUGUACUCAUGGGACCUUCUGUGCCUCAGGGGACUGUUAUGUUGGUUCUUCCACAGACUGCUGUCACACAGACACCACAGUGCCCACAAACAGUAAUGACUGUUGGGAGCACCAAGUUACUGCCCCUUGCUCCUGCCCCUGUGUUCAUAGCUUCUGGUCAAAGCUGUGCCCCCCAAAUGGACUUUUCUAGACGGAGGAACUAUGUUUGCAACUUCCCAGGAUGCAAGAAAACCUAUUUCAAAAGUUCCCACCUCAAAGCCCACCUUCGCACCCACACUGGAGAAAAGCCCUUCAGCUGCAACUGGGAAGGCUGUGACAAGAAAUUUGCCCGCUCAGAUGAACUGUCUCGCCAUCGCAGAACUCAUACAGGAGAGAAGAAGUUUGCUUGUCCUGUGUGUGAGCGUCGCUUUAUGCGUAGUGAUCACUUGACAAAACACACCCGCCGCCAUAUGACCACAAAGAAGAUCCCCAGCUGGCAGACAGAGGUUGGCAAACUCAACCGAAUUGCCACGGCAGAGAAACCGAAAAGCAGCAAUGCUCUGAGUAUGCUCAUCCCCAUGCCGUCAUCUGUCUGUCAGGGCUAGUGUGAGAAGGUACCUUCUCUACAAACUCUCUGGAAGUCAGGAAGAGCUCUGCUUAUGACAGAACUGUCAGUGGC